AUGGCACUCAAGCCUGGUAAACUUAUCGCUGUCAUCGGGGAUGAGGACACAUGCAUUGGUUUCUUGCUGGGUGGCAUCGGAGAGGUGAACAAAAGUAGAGCUACCAAUUUCAUGGUGGUUGACAAAAAUACAAGUAUCGCAGAGAUAGAAGACACUUUCCGAGGGUUCCUGAAAAGAAAUGACAUUGGGAUUGUUCUCAUCAACCAGAACGUAGCAGAAAUGAUCAGACACAUCAUAGAUUCCCAUGUUCUGCCGAUCCCUGCUGUGCUGGAGAUUCCCAGUAAGGACUGUCCCUAUGAUCCGUCCAAAGAUUCCGUUUUGCGGCGAGCAAAGGGCAUGUACACAGGCGAUGACUUCAAAUAA